UUCUCCAGCUGAAGCUGCAACAGAGGAGGACGAGAGCAGAUCUGAUCAACCAGGGAAUCAUGCCACCACUGAAAAGUUCAGCGGCCUUCCAUGAACAGAGAAGGAGCUUGGAACGAGCACGGACUGAGGACUAUCUCAAGAGGAAGAUCAGGAGUCGACCGGAGCGAACAGAACUGAUCAGGAUGCACAUCUUGGAGGAGACGUCAGCGGAGCCGUCGCUGCAGGUGAAGCAGCUGCAGCUGAAGAGAGCUCGCCUCGCCGACGACUUGAACGAUAAGAUCUCCCAUCGGCCGGGGCCCAUGGAGCUGAUUCACAAAAACAUCCUGCCUUUUCACUCCAUCAUUAAACAGGCCAUAGCGACACAGUUUCCAAAGGCUGCAGGUGAUAACUCAUCCUGUGACGUGGACAGCAGUGACAGUCUGUCCCCUGAACAGCCAGUAGGACAGGAGUCGCCUGCGGCCGUGGGACCCCCGCCCUCUCCACCAGACACUGAGAGCUGCAGCCCCUCUCCCACACAGGACCGUACUUCAGCCCCUCGUCUACCUCUGCUCUCUGGACACCGACCCUCACUGAAGCUGACAUCAUCUGCCCAGAGGAUGGGUGUGGCCUCUCUCAUCAGGACUAAACCAAACUCUGACCGCUCCGCCCAGAGACACAAGAAACCAAAGGACAACCAGCCAAAGAUAAAGAAGUUAAAGUAUCAUCAGUACGUGCCUCCUGACCAGAAGGGAGAAAAAGAGCCUCCUCCUCUGCUGGACUCGUCUUAUGCGAAGAUCCUGCAGCAGCAGCAGCUUUUCCUGCAUCUCCAGAUCCUCACUCAGCAGCAGCAGCACUACAACUACCAGGCCAUCCUGCCGGCACCACCCAAACCUCAGAAAAAUCUGUCUUCCUCCUCCAACUCCAGGACCACCUCCUCCCCGUCGCCGCCUCUCGCUGCCCCCCCGGCUGCCCCCUCUGUCCAGGGCCGUUACGGCUCUCAGAGUUCAGCUCCUUUAGAUGGGACACAAGCAGGGUCUCUACCUCCAAACCUGGAUGAGAUGAAGGUCGUGGAGCUGAAGUCCCAGCUGAAGCUGCGCAGCUUGCCAGUCUCCGGCACCAAACCAGGCCUCAUCGAGAGGCUGAAGGCCUACCAGGAGCUGAACGGAGGCAGUGGCACCACCCCCUCUCCAACAGCAGGGGGUAACACAGGGCCGGGGGCGGAAGGAGCAGGAAGAUCCUCCCAUCCUGCUGCAGCCGACAGCUCAGCACAGCAGCAACAGAUCCAGUGCUGCCGGGCUUCCUCCCUCACGAGUCAGCGAGGUAACACCUCCUCUCCCCCUGCAGCCGCUCCUCAGCAGCUUGUGACCUCCAGUGGUUCGGUGUCACCACCACCCCCCCCACCCGUCUCCAUCAGCCUCUCUGACCAGCCGCCAGCCACCAGCAGUCCAGAGGAGUCCAGCGGCAGCAGUGAUGCUUUGGAGGAAAUGAUGAUGUCCCCUCUCUCCCAGUCGGGUCUUCAGUCAUCUUCAGCUCCUCAGCUUCCAAAGGCUAUUAAACAAGAGUUCCCAUUUUCCGUCCCAGCUCCGUGUCAGUUCUCUCUAAAGCCAGCAUCUCUGCAGAAACAUCGCCUGCUCCCAUCAGCUGUCCCCACAGCUCCAGUACGGACUCUGGACAAAGACCAGAUGCUGAAGGAGAAAGACCAGCAGAUAGAGGAGUUGACCAGGAUGCUGAGGCAGACGCAGAGGCUGGUGGAGUUUCUGAGGAUGCAGCUGCAGCAUGCGAACCGAGGAGCGCAGGGUUCUGAGCCUGUGGUUCUUUUAAGAGUAAAACAAGAACCUCCUGAUAAGCCCGGUGUCCCCCUCACGUCUGUCCAUCCUCCAUUCCCCCCUCCCACAUCAUCUGUUUCCUGUGACACUAAAGUCACAGUCAAACAGGAAGCACCUGAGACGGAGGAAGUGCAAUCCCUAGACUCCCGUGGAUCUUACUUGCAAGCUCAGGAAGCACAGGAGAAAACUCAGCUGCACAUGGAUGAACAGAACAAACAGGAGCAUGGUGCUUGUCUGCAGCAGAACGCUCUGCAGCUGGCCCAGCGGCACGUCGUGCACAGACUCCUGCUGCAGCAGCAAAACAUCCACAACCGUAACCAGGCGCUGGAGAAUCAACAGAAACUCUCUCUGCAGAAAAAGAAGAAAUCUCACAAACAGCAGCAGAAGCUAAAUCAACAGACUCUAGUGAAACAACAACUGAAGCCGCUGUUUCAGCAGCAGCAGCAGCAAACAAAACAGCCACAGCAAAUCCAGAUACACUCCAAGAUACACUUGAAGCAACAACAGGUGAUUAUACAAAAGAAACAACAGGUGCAGCAGCAGCCUCCACAGGUGUCUCAGGAGCACGUGAAGGAGCAGCCAGGAUCGGCCCUCUCUCUCCCGACCUGGUCAGACUCCACCGCGGCCCUGGUCACCGACGGGGAAGGAAACCACUUCCUGAUCGCACUGAGCAAUCGCAUCACUGACAAACCCGAGGCAAAAGUGACCAAUCACAUCACUCUCCAGGUAGAGAGCAGAGGACCUCAUGUGUCAGGGGACCGACCACAGCAGGGGGCCGCUCAGUGUGUGUCUGCCCCCCCCAGUGUUCAGCCUCUCCUCCAGAACCAGGAGGCCGCUCCCUCGGGGGAAAACCUCCCAUCACCUUCCUCUCACACUCUCAGCUCCAGUCUGGAUGUUUUAUUUAAUCGUCUGUCUCCAGCUCCUGCUCUGACGGCCGCCCCCUCGCCUGAUAACAAACCUACAGAGCAUGAAGAUGAUUUUAUCGACAUCAUCUUGCAGACAGGAGAGAAGUCGACCUCCUUCAACACAGCAUCAGACUCGACCCUGGACCGUCUCAGUCCAAACUCCCCAGCCUCCUCCCCCUCUCCCUCUGCCUCCCCAUUCCAGCUGAUGCUAUCUCCCCCCGUCGCACCCAGCUGUGACACCCCCCCGCCCUCCGUCUCAGCGGGCUCCGAGCUUCAGACUCUGGUCGACGCCGCAGGAGAGGAGCCGCACUUCGGUAGCACCGGGGGCGGACGCCUGGAGGACUUCCUGGAGAGCACCACGGGCAGGCCUCUCCUGGGGGUGGAGCCUGGAGGCCUGCUGACGCUGAUCGACGACCUCCACAGCCAAAUGCUGUGCACCCCCAGCAUCCUGGACCACCCCCCGUCUCCCAUGGACACCUUCGACAUGGCCCACGAGGAGGAGCGCGGCCUGGACAGCAUGGAUUGGUUGGAUCUCACGAUGGGAGUAGAGACGGGGGAGGAGAGCACCCCGCUCGCCCCGCUCGGCCCCCACACCCCCCCUAGUAUCUUCUCCACAGACUUCCUGGACAGUUGUGACCUGCAGAUACACUGGGACUCCUGCCUGUAG